AGAAGAACUUCCUUUACCUUUUACUGAUUUACAAAAGUAUAAUUUUUGAUAAAAUUUCUUCAAGGUUUAAGUAAAGUAUUUAGGAUGUAAAAUGAAAUGUUUCUCAAAGGCCAGAAACUUAAUAUUCCUAACUAUGAAUUUACUUUAAAAAUAUUCAUUUACUUUAAGGAAAGGCUCUCUAGUACUAAUGAUAGUGUAAGUAAUUUUGCCCUGGUUCUCUUGGGUUUCAUUAAUUUAUUGUGUUGUUAAUUCAAACUCAAAAUUUCCAAGUUAUGCUCCAAGGUACAAAGCAAUUAACUAUAUUAGGACUUGAAGAGAAAUUUGAAUUGGUAAUGAUUGUAUGAGGUUUUUUCAUAAAACAUUUCCCUGCAGUUCUAACGCUGUGGUUGAAAAUGAGACUGAAACCUAUGCAGAAGCAAGAUGCGGAGUAUUCAAAUGAAGUACACUGUUAAUCUUGGACACGAUGCCAUUAUUAUCUCAGGAACUGAGAUGGCCAAACAAAUCCAGAAAGAAAUACAGCGAGGUGUGGAAUCAUGGAUUUCCCUGGGGAACAGAAGACCCCACCUCAGUAUCAUUUUAGUGGGUGAUAACCCAGCAAGCCACACAUAUGUCAGGAAGAAGAUCAGAGCUGCCUCUGCUGUAGGUAUCUGCAGCGAGGUCAUUCUAAAACCUAAGGACGUUUCUCAGGAAGAGCUUUUGGAUAUAACUGAUCAGUUGAACAUGGACCCGAGAGUCAGUGGUAUAUUAGUUCAGCUGCCCCUGCCAGACCAUGUGGAUGAGCGAACAGUAUGCAAUGGAAUUGCCCCUGAAAAAGAUGUAGAUGGAUUUCAUAUUAUCAAUAUUGGAAGACUGUGCCUUGAUCAGCAUUCUUUCAUACCUGCCACUGCCAGUGCUGUUUGGGAAAUAAUCAAAAGAGCAGGAAUUGAAACAUUUGGAAAAAAUGUGGUUGUGGCUGGAAGAUCCAAGAAUGUAGGGAUGCCCAUUGCCAUGCUUCUACAUACGGACGGAGAACACGAACGGCCGGGAGGUGAUGCAACUGUGACAAUAGCUCACAGAUAUACCCCCAAAGAACAACUGAAGAUCCACACUCAGCUGGCAGAUGUUAUCAUAGUAGCUGCAGGUAUUCCAAAGCUGAUCACAUCUGAUAUGAUUAAAGAAGGUGCUGCUGUGAUUGAUGUGGGCAUCAACUAUGUCCACGACCCAGUGACAGGAAAGACUAAAUUAGUUGGAGAUGUGGACUUUGAAGCUGUUAAGAAGAAGGCUAGCUUUAUCACUCCAGUUCCAGGAGGCGUGGGACCCAUGACAGUGGCAAUGCUUCUGAAGAACACCCUUCAAGCAGCUAAAAAAGUCAUUUACUAAAUCAUGUGAAAUAAUAAAGCAAAUGGAAGUCAUGCUAUUUAUUUAACAAAAGGAAAAAUACCUUUAUAUUUUACUACAAAGCUAUCUGUUUCUACAUUGUAUUUAUUUUUUCAUGGAUGGAAUCAUUGAGGCUAAGAUGAUUCACAUAACUUGAUGCAUUUCCUGCUGACACAUUUUGAGUUUUAGGAAAAAAAAAAUUCCAAGGAAAGCUUUGGUAGCAAUUGUUUAUUUUGUGAAUAACAUUUGUUUAUAAGGUUAAAACAAUAAAGGGCUCAUAAUAAAUAAUAUAUUUUUGACACAAUUAGGUAUCACAUGCCAUAUCUUUUCAACAAAUGUUUUGUCAGCCAAAUGGCACCCAUGUCAAAUGUAAUUUAGAUUUUGCCAUAAUCAUGAUCAAUUUUUAUGUAUUUUAUGUUCUAUAUCAUAUGCUGAAAAAGAGCUAACUUGCUAAAAGAAAGAUAAAAUAUAAAAAAUAAAAUCUUGAUCUCAUAUAUCUCCCAAAUGUGUUCUAUGAGCCAUUAUAAUAGGCAAUGAUGUUCUAUUCAAGGAAAGAAAAGUAUACAAGGAAGACAAAAAUAAUAUAGUGCUACUUUAAAAGUAAUGAUUAUUUCAAAUUGUGAGUGAUGACUUGCCAUAGUAAAAAAUGUAAUAAGAAUGUAUUUGGUUUACAUGUAAUUUAUUUGUUCUUCUAGAUGAAAAAUAUGUGGACAAUGCCUUCUUUGAGGAAUAAUGGAAAAUCCAAAAGCAAACAAAUACAAAAACCAAAACUAAGGUGGUCUUUUCCCACAAAUAUCAGAAAAAUAAGACAUAGUGUGGGUGAGGCCUUCAUUAAAGAACAGCUGUUAUGUUUUUUCACAAAUUCAGAAAUCUAAUGGGAAAACACACCUACAAUGUGCCAGUGCUAAACCUUAGGAUAUGUCUAAAAAUUUACUGUUUUCUUGUCCACAGUUCUUUCCUCUUCUUUUAUAGCCUUUGAUUCUCAAAGUUGAUGCCGUAUUUCUAAUACAAUUUAAAUUAGGACAUACUUUCAGUUUAGGCUAUUUUGAGACUGCUGUAGCCACAUAAUUGUAUUGUUUUCAUACCUAAAUCCCAGUAUAUCUAUGUGUUAAUAAUGAUUCUUACCCAAUGCAUGUCUCUAAUGCUGUGUACACUUGAUCAUUUAUACGAAAAUAGACUAGAUGUUUAUAAUUAAUAGUAUUUCAACUGUAUAA